AUGCCACAAUGGUAUCAGUUCUUUGUUUAUUCAAAUUCUGAAAAUAAAACGGUGCCUUAUUCUGACAUGAUGUUAGCUGGUCUCUAUCUGUUAUACAAAGUAAUGAUGCUUCCGUAUUAUUUUCUUAAUUGGUAUAAUAGUACACGAUCUAUGUGUGGCUUAUCGUUGGUUGGUACGGUUCCUUCGCGUGCCGAUUUAGCGCAUUUUUCUCAGUGCACUAUUUGUGUCUCGAAUGCCGUUAAUCCUCUGAAGCUUCCAUGUGGACAUGUCUUUUGUCGACAGUGCAUUCAUACAUGGCUUGAAACGGAAAAUACAUGUCCUAACUGUCGAAAAGAUACGCCUACACCACUGCAGGAUGUUUCGUGGAAGGGUGGUGGUACAACCUAUUUUCUGCAGUUUUGCUAG